AUGCGGGGGGGCUCCAGCUGGAUCACUCCAGCCAUGACAUGAAGCGCACAAAGUGGCAAUACAAGUCAGGAGCAAGGAGCUGGCGGGCCACGGCGAAGAGCGCUGCCGAUCCCGCCUGCCACCCACCGCCUCGGCGUGCGAUUCUCAGACCUGCGGCGGUAGCAGGACGGCUUGGCGGGACCGAAAGGCGCGGAAAGGCUCUCGAAAGGGACUGAGCGGCUCGGGAGGGGACAUUCGAGUAGCGGAUAGAGACAAAGGUUUUGAUCCAAAGAAACAAAUCCUCAACCGUCCAAAUGGAAUCGGAAUAUCGAGAUGUCUUCCUAAAAACCCAAAUUACCGCGAAGAGCCCCGACGCGUCAAGCUUGUUCUGCUCUUUUGGCGACUUUUAUUUGCCGACGGGAUUUUCCUCGUCGCCUCUUUGAAAGUGGCACGAACAAGUCCAGUAUAGCAGCGGUUACGGCUUCGACCCCCGAGUGAAGGUGACAGGCUCGUCACCUGCCAAGAGCGCACGCCGUUAGAAGGGCGUAAAUCCAAGAGGAGGAGGAAGAAGAAGAAGAACGGGCGUCCCGAGCCGGCCGUGAAAGGGGUAACUCCCGAGAAGCCGGCACGUGCGGGGCUCCGCUUAACUGGGAUUCUUUGAAAUGAGGCUACGGACUUGGAGGUCCAGGGACACCAGAGGGAUAUAAUGACCUUCUGCCGAAGAGCCGGAGACCGCGUCAGUAGCGCUGCCAUCCGUGUCGCCAAAAGAAGAACAACAACCUGAGGCAGGUACGCCGUGUCGGAGGAGGAUCAGGGAAUUGAGCAGGCACAUGGAGAACUAGUGCAUGAACACACGGGCCAAGAUGGGCUUUCCUCUGGGCUGGCUGAGAGCCUCCCUGUGGCUGCUGCUCUGGGGUGUCCGUGGCAGCCUGGCCCGAGCAUUUGGAGUGCCAGCAGUCAAUGUGGCAGUGGUAUUUGGAGGUCCUUCUUACCAGAUGGAGAUUAAGGGAAGACUUAGCCGUGAAAACUUCUUGGAUUUGCCACUAGAGGUGAACCCGGUCACUGUCAUCAUCAAUGACACCAACCCGCGGGCCUUGCUGACACGUAUCUGUGACACUCUGGCUGCCACGCACAUCCACGGCAUGGUGUUUGAGGACAAUAUUGGAACGGAAGCCGUCGCCCAGAUUUUGGACUUCAUCUCUUCACAGACGUCUGUCCCAAUCGUGGGCAUCAGUGGAGGGUCUGCCGUGGUGCUGACACCCAAGGAACAAGGGUCGACUUUCCUGCAGCUGGGCUCCUCUGUGGACCAGCAGAUUGGCGUCAUCUUCAAAGUGAUGGAGGAAUACGACUGGGGCUCAUUCGCCAUCAUCACCAGCCAGUACCCAGGCUACCAGGACUUCAUCGAGUACAUCCAGUCCUUCAUCGACACGAGUUACUUCGGCUGGGAGCUGCAGGACAUCCUGAGCUUUGACAUGUCCUAUGAGAGCAGCAGCAGCACCAGGGUGGGCCGGAUGCUGAGACAGGUGGAUGCCCAGGUGCUGAUCGUUUACUGCUCCCACGACGAGGCCCAGUACCUGUUUGCUGUGGCAGCUGAGGCAGGUCUCAUCGGCCCCGGCUACAUCUGGAUCAUCCCGAGCCUGGCGGUGGGCAGCAUGGACGUGGCGGCGCCAGACAUCUUUCCCGUCGGGCUCAUCAGUGUCAUGACGGAUCGCUGGAAGAUGAGCCUGAGACAGCGCGUGCGGGAUGGCGUGGCCAUCGUGGUGAAGGGCGUACAGAGCUUCAUGAGGCAGCACGGCUAUGUGCCGGAAGGGCACACGGACUGCCGCUCCCCUGCUGUGUCUUCCCACAAUGACACCUUCUACAGGCACAUGCUAAAUGUCACCUGGGAACAGAAGGACUUCUCCUUUAACAGCGAUGGCUACCUGGUGAACCCAUCAAUGGUGAUCAUCACUCUCAACAGAGAGCGCCAGUGGGAGAAGGUUGGGACGUACGACCAGGGAAUCAUCCAGAUGAGGUAUCCCGUGUGGCCAAGGUAUGGCGCAUUCCUCGAACCUGUGUCAGACAACCGCCACCUGACCGUGGCCACCUUGGAGGAGAGGCCUUUUGUCAUCGUGGAGAAUGUCGACCCGAUUACAAGGACCUGCGUCAGGAACACUGUGCCCUGCCGGAAGCAGUCCAACCGCACAGAGAGCUUUAUUGCCACGUCAGAGCCGUAUGGCAAACUCUGCUGCAAAGGCUUCUGCAUCGACAUCCUCAAGAAGCUGGCCAGGACCAUCAAGUUCUCGUAUGACCUCUAUCUGGUCACCAAUGGCAAACACGGAAAGAAGGUCAAAGGGGUCUGGAAUGGCAUGAUUGGAGAGGUGUACUACAAGCGGGCUGACAUGGCUAUUGGCUCCCUGACAAUCAACGAGGAGCGAUCGGAGAUAAUCGACUUCUCUGUGCCCUUUGUGGAGACCGGGAUCAGCGUAAUGGUGGCCAGGAGUAAUGGCACAGUCUCGCCAUCUGCCUUCCUGGAGCCGUACAGCCCGGCGGUGUGGGUCAUGAUGUUCGUCAUGUGUCUCACGGUGGUCGCCAUCACUGUCUUCAUCUUUGAGUACUUCAGUCCAGUCGGCUACAACCGUUGUCUCACCAGCGCCAAAAACCCCGGAGGCCCGACGUUCACAAUCGGCAAGUCCAUCUGGCUGCUCUGGGCCCUCGUGUUCAACAAUUCAGUCCCAAUUGAGAACCCUAAAGGCACAACCAGUAAGAUUAUGGUGCUAGUCUGGGCAUUCUUUGCAGUCAUCUUUCUCGCCAGUUACACUGCCAACCUCGCUGCCUUCAUGAUCCAAGAGCAGUACAUCGACACAGUGUCUGGGCUGAGCGACAAGAAGUUUCAGAAGCCCCAGGAGCAGUACCCGCCUUUCCGGUUUGGCACCGUUCCCAAUGGCAGCACCGAGAGGAACAUCCGCAGCAAUUACCCUGACAUGCACACCCACAUGAUCAAGUACAACCAGCGCACGGUCGAGGAUGCCCUCAACAGCCUCAAAACCGGGAAGUUGGAUGCCUUCAUCUACGACGCAGCUGUGCUCAACUACAUGGCUGGCAAGGACGAGGGCUGCAAACUGGUUACAAUUGGCAGCGGGAAGGUGUUUGCCACCACGGGCUAUGGCAUCGCACUCCAGAAGGACUCUAAAUGGAAGCGCCCUGUGGACCUGGCUCUCCUGCAGUUCCUCGGUGACGGUGACACCCAGAAGCUACAGACGGUAUGGCUGUCUGGGAUCUGCCAGAAUGAGAAGAACGAAGUGAUGAGCAGCAAGCUGGACAUCGACAACAUGGCUGGCGUCUUCUACAUGCUGCUGGUGGCCAUGGGGCUCAGUCUGCUGGUCUUCGCCUGGGAGCAUCUGCUGUACUGGAAACUGCGGCACUCGGUCCGCAAGUCCAACCGCCUCGACUUCCUGCUGGCCAUCAGUAGGGGCAUAUACAGCUGCUUCAGCGGAGUCGAGGACGUGGAGAGCCCGAUUCACAUCCGCAACCCGGACCUCACCACCAGCUACGCCCAGGCCAACAUGCUCAAGAUGCUGCAGACGGCCAAGGAUAUCGUGUCUUCGGCCAAAGUGGAGAACUCCCUGGAGAAUGCCACGCGGACCAUCGAGAACUGGGCGAGGAGAAGUGAAAACAUCAAAGGGGGCUUGGGCGGACGCGGGCCCCUGGCAGCAGCAGCAGCCUCCGAUACAGUCGCCAGCGCCAUCCGGCUUCCUUACAUUUCUAGCAUCACGGACAACCACUCGCCCUUCCAUCCGGCCCUGACUGUCCACUCGGAAGAAAACGGCAGCCGGCCGUUACCGCAGAAGCAGAAGGGCAUCGCCCGGCCCACUCCCAUCCGGUACACGUUGCCUGCCCGGGGGAGCCCACUGUACGACAGGACCCUGCCCAUCUCCAGCCUGAGCAGCCCCCAGAUCGGCAUGAGGGACUCUGCCCCGCUGAUCGCCCCGCACCCCUCCAGCCGGCUCUAUGUGGAUGAUCACCACCGGCACCCCGGCUCUCCGUUUGUUCCCUACCGGGAGCUUCAGCUACCCGACAUUUACGGGGAGCAGGGUGAGCCCGCCUCCCGGAAAGUGGCCUCCGACGGCUUGAUACGAAAGAAGAGAGCGCAGGCGUACGCGGCCGAGUCUCCGGCGAUGAGGAGGCGGCCCGGGGCGCGGGAGCCAAUCCGGGGCUUUGCCGAGCUGCGUGCCAACCACCUCAUGGACAACCACCUACCUUCGGGGCCGAGCACAAGCAGCCCAUACCCGAGAGUCAACAGCAACUGCAACUCGUGCUUGAAGGCCCACCUGGAGCCAGAGGGGGUCCCACUCUUGGGGAAGGAGAAGCUUGCCCGUCGUGCCUCCUUUAUCAAAGCCACAUGGGGGCACAGCGACAAACUGAGACCUCUGGAGGACAAGGGUGCCUUUCCUUGUGGGAGGAUGAAUGUGCCCGACUUGUUUCCCAGGGUGGCGCUGAACAAUAAAGCCAGAGGCGCCGGCUACUGCUGCCCACUUCCCACAGACCACGCCAACGGCCGCGCCCAUCCCUGCAGGGAGCCGAAGCUGAGGUACUCGCAGUCCACCCGGCUGCCAUCCUAUCGAGAGGCUGUGCUGCAGAAUGCGGCCGCCCUCCGCCGCUCGUCCACGGUGGUCCACAGGCACUACUCGGCCUACUUAAACUCCUUCACCGACCUGCCCGUCUAUGUGGGCCCCCUCACGCAGGGGCCUCCCCACUUUUAUGGGCAGCCCAAGGACACGUGUGGCCUCUUCCCCUACAUGGGGCACUACCCCGACGAGCACGGCUUCAUCGCCCGGUGCGGCGGCAGGCGCCUGGUUUACGACGACGACGAAGAGGAGUAUGGGCGCUAUGACGGCAGCCGGGGGCGAGGAGGAGACCGCAGGCAAGUACUAGUCGCCCGGAGGGUGAACAGCCCGUAUGUGCCAAAGCCCUGGGGGCGAGUGUCGAGUCUCGAGUCGGAGGUCUGAGUGGCCCCUGUGGACCUCCCGUACCAUGCCAGAGGGCAGAAAGCCACUGGUGCCCACCGGCAGAGACUGACUGAGGCCCUGUGGAAAAGGGGUAGAGGCAGAUGGGCCGCUGCCCUCACGCCCCGGGGGUCCGCAGCCCGCCGUGUCUCGCACUGGACCUUGUCUUAUAGUCGCCUUUCACCAGAUGGGUAUGAAAUGGUGCAAAUGCCACGUCUUCCAAAUGCCAUGUCUUGUAAAGGCUGGGCCUACUUGGUGGGUGGUUCAGGUUGGCAUCUGUGUCCUUGAAGCUCUUCCACUACUCAAUAAAAUGUUAGGGGGUCUUUUCAGGGGGGGGGCUCUACUGCACUUGUCAUCUGCUUUUUAUCUUGUCUUUGUGUCAUUUGAACCCAAGAUGGACAGGCCUGGAGUUCCAGUCGAGAAGGCAACAAGGAGGUGACUAAAGGUGGGUGGCAUCAGGAAGGGCAUCUCUUCUCCAGUAGUCCAUAUGGGGUCUACUCCCCAAUGCCAAGUCUGUAGUCAGC